UAAUGGAUGGAGCAGGACUGGAAAAGAAACCACAUAUAUCAGAAGAGACUGCAUUUCAGGUGCAAUUUGAGACCCAGGGAGGUGAAUAUGUACAUGCAGAAGUCAAUCAUGCAGAACUGGAUAAGGAAUCAACCUCUGUCACAGGUGAGACUGAGUAUCCAAGACUUGUCGACGCUUCCUCCGGUCACAUUUUUCCUGUGACGCUGACCAUUGUUGCUGCAAAUAACAAUCCAGGCAAGAAAUGUAUAAUUUUAAUAUUUAUUUUUUUACGUCUCACCAUAGUAGUGUAUAGAGAGAGCGCAGAAAUAUGUGGUAAUUGCAUUGUGUUUAGAGUUCUCUAG